UUCUGAUCGAUAAUUUGCGGGGAAGUGCUUUAAAGGGUACUGAAUAAACAAGUAGUUUGUAAUAUCCAGAUUUUUGUUAGCCAUUCUUCUUCAUUGUUUUGGUUUUUGCAGAAUGAUGCUGGCCACAGUUUCAUGACGUCAUAGCAGAGGGCUGCAUCAAUCAGUUCAACGAAAUUGCGCGUUGUCAACAUCGAGUAGAAAUUUUCGCCAUAACUUAUCAAGCACUUUAUCAUGAUAAUACGGUUGUUAAACCAUCAGUGAUUGAAUUGUGGUUCACACAAUGAGUGCCUUUUUGCUUUUGUUAGCUGUGAUAUUACUUACUCUGCAAUGGAUCUACAACCAUUUUCAGACUCGGUACAAAUUUUGGAAGGAGCGGAAUGUGCCGUACCUCGAACCCCGAUUUCCGGUCGGUAAUGUGAGUGAAACGCUUCAAUCGAAAGUGCACUUUGCUUACAUCAUGAAGAAACUGUACGACCAAUUGAAACACCACGGGGACUACGUCGGUAUUUUCUUUUUCCGAGAUCCGGUUUUGAUGGUAUUAUCACCAGAGUUUGCCAAAACGGUGCUGGUAAAAGAUUUCAACUAUUUUAUCGAUCGGGGUGUGUACAGCAACGAAAAGGAUGAUCCGUUGUCGGCCAAUUUGUUUUUCAUGGAAGGCCACCGGUGGAGGAAACUGCGAGCAAAGCUGACCCCGACGUUCACCUCCGGCAGGUUGAAAGCAAUGUUCCACACCAUUCUGUCCGUCGGUCAGCAGUUUGAUCGGUAUCUUGGGGAGUACACGAAGGGAAGAGAUGAAGUGGAAAUUAAGGAUCUGUUGGCCAGGUUCACCACAGAUAUUAUUGGAACGUGUGCCUUUGGGAUCGAUUGUAACAGCUUGGAGAAUCCACAGUCAAAGUUUCGUGAGAUGGGCAGACGUAUGAUUAAUUUUCCAAAAUUAAAAGCCUUGAAACUGUUUUUCGCCAUGAUGUUUCGGAACGCAGCAAGAAAGUUGGGCGUUCGAUUCAACGAUGAAGAUGUUUCGGAGUUUUUCUUGGCCGUAGUGAGGGAAACGAUUGAGUUUCGAGAGAAGAACAACGUCCAGCGAAAAGAUUUUAUGCAAUUGUUGAUCGAUUUGAACAAUAAAGGAUUCAUUGAUGCAGACAGCGACGGACAUCGGGAAGAAUCGGGCACCGAUCGAUUGGAAAAACUAACAUUUGAGGAGAUUGCCGCACAGGCAUUUGUUUUCUUUUUCGCUGGAUUCGAAACAUCGGCAACUACGAUGACUUGUGCAUUGUAUCUGCUAGCAACUCAUCCGGAAAUACAGGAUAAAGGGAGACGUUGUGUCAUUGAAGUUUUGAGUAAGCAUCAGGGAAACUUUACGUAUGAAGCGCUUGCAGAAAUGAAUUACAUUGAUUGUAUAAUACACGAGACUCUAAGGAUGUAUCCUCCGGUAGCAACCCUGCAUAGAAUUACAUCUAAGCCGUACAAAUUACCAAACGGUUCAAUACUACCCAAAGGCACUGGUGUGCUAAUACCGAAUUUAGCUUUCCAACAUGAUCCGGAAAAUUUUCCUGAGCCUCUUCAGUUUCGUCCCGAACGUUUCAUGGAAGGUGAAAAGGAAAAACAUCAUCAUUUUAGUUAUCUCGCAUUCGGAGAGGGACCGCGAAUCUGUAUCGGAAUGCGAUUCGGUCUUCUUCAGAGCAAAAUGGGAAUCGCUCUGCUGUUGAGAAGCUAUAGAUUUCGCACUUGUUCGAAAACGGCAAUCCCACUGGAAAUUGAUACAGUCGCUCUUAUUCAAGGGCCUGCUGGUGAAGUUUGGCUGGGUAUCGAUAAGAUAUUCGAAUCAGUUCUAAUUAUCAGUUUGGUGCAGCAAAGCUGCUCCAGUUUCCUGUCAAACCGGUUCGAGAUGUGGAUCUACUUACUGAUAACCGUUAUAUCACUCGCUAUUUGGUACGUGCGAAAGAAAUUCUCUUACUGGGAAAGCCGAGAUGUGCCUUUCAUAAAGCCACGGUUUCCGUUCGGAAAUCUGCAAGCCAUUGGACGCCGUGUCCACUCGUCACAGCUGAUGACUCGGUUUUAUCGAGAAAUGAAAGGCAAACAUCCUUUCGGGGGAAUUUUUUUCUUCACGAAUCCGGUGGCCCUGGCUCUGGAUCUUGAAUUCGUGAAGAAUGUGCUGGUGCGGGAUUUUCAGUACUUCCACGACCGGGGAAUGUACUACAACGAGAAGGACGAUCCAAUAUCCGGCCAUCUGUUUAACAUCGAAGGAACCAAGUGGACAAAUCUCCGGAAGAAGCUCAUCCCGACGUUUUCGUCUGGGAAAAUGAAAAUGAUGUGCCCGACGAUAGUAACCGUGGCCGAACGUUUCCGAGAUUGCGUCGAAAAGAGCAUUGGAAUGCACUCGGAGGUAGAAAUGAAAGAUUUGCUAGCACGAUUUACCACCGAUGUCAUUGGAACCUGUGCAUUCGGGAUCGACUGCAAUAGUUUGAAUGAUCCCGAUGCUGAAUUUCGUAAGAUGGGCAAAAAAGUGUUUGAGUUACCUUCGGGGAGGAUUUUGAAAUUUUUCUUCAUGGCAACAUUCAAGGAACUAGCGAAGAAGGUGCACAUCAAGGGCACGGAAGAUGACGUGUCGGCAUUUUUCUUCAAAGUCGUCCAGGAAACCAUCGAGUAUCGGGAGAAAAAUAAUGUUCAAAGGAAUGAUUUUAUGAACUUAUUGAUUCAACUUAAGCAAAAAGGUGAACUGGACGAGUCCGGCGAAAACGUGGGCACGUUGAGUUUAAACGAAGUGGUGGCGCAAGCUUUUGUAUUUUUCUUGGGUGGCUUUGAGACAUCUAGUACAACGAUGUCGUAUUGUUUGUACGAAUUAUCUUUGAACGAGGAUAUACAAGAUAAGGCCCGACAGUGCGUCAAAGAUGCUGUAGCGAAACACGGCGGUUUGAAUUACGAUGCUGUGAUGGAUAUGGACUAUAUUGAGCAGUGCAUCAACGAAUCUCUGAGAAAAUACCCGCCGGGAGCGAAUCUCAUCCGAAGUGUUACUAAAGAUUAUCUCGUUCCGGAUACCGACACAAUUUUCAAGAAGGGCAUGAGUGUUAUGAUUCCGGUCUACGCAAUCCAUCACGAUGCAGAGUACUAUCCUGAUCCGGAACGGUACGAUCCGGAACGAUUCAGCAUAGAUGAAAGUGCAAAGCGGAAGCCAUUUACCUUCAUGCCGUUCGGAGAGGGUCCAAGAAUUUGCAUUGCCGCUCGAUUUGGACUGCUCGAAACCAAGAUCGGACUUGCGACACUGUUGCUAAAUUUCUCUUUUUCCCGAUGUUCCAAAUCCGUCGUUCCGCUGGUAAUUUCACCCAAACAUGCUGUGCUGACACCAGCCGGAGGAUUAUGGCUGAAGGUUGAUAAAUUAUUGUCAUGAUGAUUGUGCGAUUAGCGCAUCAGUUUAUGACUUGCUAGUUUUGUAUGUGAUAAAAAUUGUUUACGUAAAUCUCAAUUACAAUAAAUUCUAUCGAUUUUAUUUUACAACGAAAAAACUUAUCGGUAAACGUAAUUUGAUAUCCAAUAUGUUUACCAUUAGAUCAUGGUCGGGUUUGUGAUGCUGUCGGUUGACGGCUGUUUUAUCCGUUAAUAAAAUAUUUAUUCUUAUAUUUAGAUCAACGUGA